AUGACAGAGGGUUUGCAAGUCGACUUGAGAACGCUCCGUUUUGUCGGUGCCACCAAUGACAAUUUAAUAUGUUGUAUAUGUCAGAAUCCAUUCAUUGACCCAGUGAUAUCUCGAUGUGGGCAUACAUUCUGUCAACACUGCAUAUUCCAAGCAAUAGAAGCUUCACCUGUAUGUCCCAUUGAUAGAACAUCACUUGGAAAAGACGAUUUUGAACCAGCAGCCAAGAUUAUUAGUAAUAUGGUGAACGAACUACUCGUUUACUGUCCUCGCCAUGAACAAGGAUGUCCCCACGUAGGACAACGCCAAUUUAUCGAAUCACAUUUGAAGAAUGAUUGUGAAUAUACCAUGGCACCGUGCGAAUUGGAAGAGUGCAAAGAGCUAUUGCUGAAGAAGGAUUUACAAUCACAUGCAGAGACUUGCAAAUAUAGAAUACUCGAAUGCAAUAUGUGCAAAAAGAAGCUGCGUGCUUUUGAGCUCGAGGAUCACUACAAUCUCUGCCCCUCCGAGAUCAUCACUUGCCAGUACUGUGACACUUCAAGACCCAGAUCUGAACAUGUUUCACAUAUCAACGAAUGCCCUCAAUUCAAGAUCAAAUGCACGCAUGAAGAGUUUGGAUGCAACUGGACAGAUCAGCGACAAGUGCUGGCAGCUCAUUUAUCCACUUGUCCAUACGAAUCUAUCAAGCAUUACUUGUACAAGCAACAGCAAUCCGAGAAAGCUUUGUUGAAUGAGCUGCAACAGGUGCAUCGAGAGAACGAAUCAUUGAAAAGACAGCAGUCUGAGUCACGACAGCACAUCGAGAGCUUAACGCAGCAAUUGGAUUUGAUGUUUCCGGGGCAUUUCAUGACAGAUCCAGAUAUACCAGAAGAAGCACGCAACGAAUCUGUUUUAUCGGAAAAUCAGCGCAUGAAUAACGAAUUGGAGACACUAUCAGCCAACAUUGCCUCUUUGGAAUUGAAGCAGAAUAUGGCAUUGAUGACAGAGACGUUCCGUUUGCAGGAAGAGUUACAGAGCCUGAGAGCCAUCUGCCAUGGACUCAGAAUGCAGAUGCACUAUAUCAUGAUGGACCGAAAAACGGCCGCUUCGAGUAAUGCUUCUGCAAGUGGGGCAGCAGCGGGUGGUGCUGGUGGUGGCAGUGGAUCUGCAAGCAGUGCAAGAAGUGCCAGUGAAUCCAGUGCAACAAGUGCAAUGAAUAGAAUGCGGACAUGGCUAGAUCCCAAUGGGUCAGGACCCAGACAAGAAACCAAACUGUAA